AUGCGCCGGUCCGAUUGGGGACAGAUCACGCCCGCUCUCUUGUACUGCUGCAUGGCCUUCAACUUUGGCAACAUCCUCUUUGGCAUCGAUGUCGGAUCCUUCGGCUCUCUGCAAGCUCUACCGUCAUGGCUCCGGUCAUUCGGUGUGCUGCAGAACGGUACUUACAUGCUGCCUACUGAGCGACGCUCGAUCAUGAACUCUGCAGUCGUCUGGAUAGGCAAGCUCAUCGGCACGGCCUCUUUCGAACCUCUACUCGAGCGUCUUGGCUACAAAAAGGUCAUUUACAUCGUCUGCCUCAUCCAGGUCAUCGGUAUCGUCAUUGAGCUGUCUGCUACCGAGUGGAUCCAAUUCUCUGUCGGCCGCAUCAUCGCCUACAUUGCUGUCGGUAUCGUCGAAAAUGCGGUGCCAUCUUAUGAGGCCGAGCUUGCUCCCGCCGGGCUUCGCGGCUUCUUAGCUGGCAACGUGCAGGUCUUCGUCCACGUCGGGUCGAUCUGGGGAGCUUCCAUGAGUUACGCUUUCCGCACAGAGAUCGAGAGGAUCGGCUGGAUCAUCCCUGUCGCGGUGCAACUUCUGCCCCCACUACUUCUGAUCGCGACUGUGCCCUUCUGUAUUGAGUCUCCCCGCUGGCUGAUCAGCAAAGGACGCAAGGACGGGGCACUGAGCGCGCUCAACCGUAUUCGUCCAGCUCGUGACUCUGCGACUGGCGUGACCAGCCUCGAGGUCCAGGCGGUGGAAGACGCCAUGAACGAGAGCUAUGCCAUGGGUCAGGCUGGGUGGAUGGACUUGUUCCGACCCAAGUACAUCCGGAGGACAACUAUCAUUGCGCUUGUAUUUUUCUUCAACCAGACCACCGGCCAGCAAUUCGCCAACUCGUACGGCCCCUCCUUCUUCACCUCCAUCGGUCUCGGCCUUCAGUCCUUCCAGUACAGCAUCCUCAUCGCCAUGGCUGGUCUCUUUGGCUGCCUCGUCGCCGUCGCUACGACCGAUAUUAUUGGACGUCGCUACCUCUGCAUCAUCGGCGCAACACUGGCCAUCAUGUUCAGCGCGCUCAUCGGCGGUAUCGGACCCCUUCCCAAUCGCACCACCGAUCAAAACAACGUCGUCAUCGCUUCGGUCAUCCUGCUGAACGGAGUCUGCAAGCUUGGCGUUGCGUCCCAGUGCUGGCUCAUCGGCUCCGAGAUCGGCGGUAUCCAGAUGCGCAAGCGAAUGAUCGGAUGGGCGACCAGCAUCGACGUCCUCGCGGCCUUCCUCGUCACCUUCUGCACGCCGUACCUCCAGGCGGGACCCCAAAUCCAAAUGGGCGCUCGGGUCGGAUUCGUCUUUAUGGGCUGCGCCGCCAUUGCCCUCUUCUUCUUCAUCUUCUUCCUUCCCGAGUUGAAAGGCCGCAGCUUGGAGGAGGUCGACGAUCUGUUCAAGCGCAACCUUUGGGCCUGGCAGUUCAGUACGGCCGGAACACGCGGUCCCGGUGCGCAGCUCGCCGAUAUUGGAAGUGUACACGAGGACAAGAGGCCCGACAAGGUGAGACUUUCCUGCUGCAGGAUCGGUAUCGAGGUUGAUGCUGACUGGACAGGAAGCCGAGGCUUGAAUAUCGGUCGAGGGAAUGCGGUCAGGUGGAAUCCAGGGCGAUAUCAUACUUCAUGUUUGCGAGCGGGCUCAUAUGUAUGUAAGGAUCAAGUAUCAAUGAUCUCCAUGUGCAGUGUACCAUGUUCAGCAGCCCGCUUCCAGCCUCGCCCGCUAGUUGCGAACACUCAGACCUAUCCGGAAGGGUCAGCGGGUGGCGCUAUGUCGAGUCGAGACUCUUUUUGCGCCCCAGCUCACAGUACUGCUGAUCGUCACUCCAUGGUAGUCUAA